GACCAUGAUUCAUAAUAGGGCUUGUUGACCAGCAAGAUAGCACGCCAAUCAGAGUAUAAUGUAAACAACGACUCUUAAAUCCCGCGUACAUGCAACCGACCUCUUGACCAGCCACAAACCCGCUCUGACAUACAUGACGUAAUCGAUAUCCUCAAUACCUGCUUGAAACACGAGUUGGGAAGUCGGGGAACAACAGCCAAACAACAUGGAUGUUACCGGAAAUAUUACCCCGCUCAUGUUCGUCGUGUGUUCAGCACUGCUUCAAAGCCAAGCCUUCAACCUUUUCGACAAGGUGACGUGUUCCCUUCCCCAGCUGAAGAUCAAGCUGGACGCCUGUACCCUUCGUUACGAACAGCCCGUCAAUGUGUUCCUUCCGCCGUCGCUGGUCGGUGACGGAGUAGUGGGGACCGACAGCCUGGUGUCUAGCACUGGAGUCGACUACCAGCAGCUGUUCCUGCAGGUGGACGAGAACAAGUGUCGCAAUGAGCAGCGGCAGAAGCGGGCUACCCAGGUGGAGUGUCGCUAUGCCGUCAUGACUCAGUGUGUCGACCCUUCCUAUCGCUCCUUCCUGCCGUACCUGUCAAGGAUAAAGGAGGGCAUGGAGUACGUCUGUGACCACCGUGCCAGUAUUGAUGCCCUGUGUGAGACAGGGAAGCUGAGUCAGGUGACUGGAUGUGUCAAGCGCAAAGACCAGAUAACCUACACAGAAAACGAGAACUUCUACGUGCAAGACCGGAUGUGCAGGACGUUUGAGUACGCACGUCAGUGUGUCGUCAGUUCUCUUGCGGAAUGUGGACAAACUGAUGUCGACCUUCAUAGUCGAGCCAUGGACUAUUUCGCGCCAUCGUUUUGUGGUGCUGCCCAUCACGUGACAUCGCUGGCAGCCAUAUUGCUUUUCUCCGGACUGUCUCACAUCCUGAGCAAGAUCCUUCUGCAGUAGAUACAGUAACUGUUUCCUCGCGUGCCAUGCAAACAGGGGAGACGGUUCGUGUGUGUGCAGGAAUGUACGUCUCAAGCAAAUUAGUUGACUCUUGAUCUUAAGAGUUUAUUAACAUCGUGCACGAUUAGAUGCAUACAAUUUUUCUAUCAGUGAUACGGUUUUGUCGCUUAACUCCUGGAAUGAUAAACCUAGAAUCUACUACGUUCAAACAUAUCACCUCAGUAAAUCAUACCAAUCAUGUUUGAAACCAACAAAUAAUUCAUUCAUAGAAGGUUGUAUUUAUAAGAGAUCGGUGUUAUUUUCAAAUUCUUUACACAUGUAUUCGAGCUACACCCUUUUACCACAAAAGUGACAGCUAAAUAAUAACGGAACAAAGCACAUGCUGUAAAUUUCAGUUCCAAUGUCUAUGAGAGAGACUCCGAGCUUUGCUAAAAUGUUCAUGCGUUUACUACCAGACGCUGUUACAGGCAGCUCGGCUGAAUUACGACACUGUUGUUGAAUAUCAAAAUGAUAUUAUUCGAUUUGCCUUGGAUGAGGGCUCUGUGUGUAUACCUGCCCCUCCUACAAUGUGGGUGUUAGAUGAGAUUGUUUGCAGAGAUACCGUAGGAAUCACGCUGUAAAUAGGGUAAAAGCAUGUGUCAUCCGGCAAUCUUCUUGUAAAUACAGUUUUUGUAAUAAAAUAUAUUUUCCUGUUA